CAAACCCCCCCGGACACACUAGUUGGGAAGCCCUGGAAGAUUCCUACUCAGUUAAUUUCCCAAGCUGCGAGGAUCGUCCCCUAUUCGGGAAAUUCUUUGUGCCUCUCACCCUAUUAAUACUCGACCGCCUCCGUCAUGGUCUCCUCUCCUCCCCUCCCCUUUCUCCUCCUCAGCCAAACAGCCAACACCGCUACUCUAGUCUUUUGACUCAGCUUUGACCCUUCGGUCGUCCAUUCUUUUUUAAGCAACUAUCAACGCUCUAAGCUUCGUGCUUUACUUACGCUCUUUUUUUCCUCACCCUUCCAAUCCUCUCUUGUUCGUUUCCGACGUUCAACUACCGAUACCUUCAAGAUGCGUUUCACCGGAGCUGUCUUCUUCGCUGGCGCCGCUCUGGCCGGCAGCACGGUCUACUCGACCGACUAUGUCACCAUCACUUCUUGCGGCCCCACCGUCACCAACUGCCCGGCCGCCUCUACCGUCACCUCGAGCACCGUCUACCCGGUCUCCAGCGGCGUCGUCUCCAGCGCCGUGAUCUCGAGCAGCUCGGCCCUGAGCGGCAACGGCACCGUCCCCUCGUACCCGACCCAGAACGUGCCGGGCCAGAGCAGCUCGGUCGUCACCUCGGCCACGUCUGAGACCCUGCCCACCGGCAAGGCUACGUCCUCCGUCCCCACCGUCAAGUCCGCGUCGACGGCCCCCUACCCCACCGCCGGCGUCAGCACCAGCAAGAAGGUCCCCGAGCAGCCUCUGUACCCGACCUCCGUGAUCCCCAUCACCUACACCACCUGCGUGCCCACCGUGACCGUCAGCUACUCGACCAUUACCGUCACCCCCUCGGUCCCCGCCGGCACUGGCAAGCCUACCACCAGCGCCCCCGGCGUCUACCCCACCGGCGGCUUCACGCCCUCGUGACAACCCCGUGACCAGCCCCUAUCCCACCGGCAGCCCCAUCCCGACUGCCGGCGCCUCUACCAUGGCGGGCUCCGGCCUUCUCGCCGCUGCCGCCGGCGUUGCCGCUCUUCUCUUCGCUUAGGCGGACUCUUUUCUCCAGCCACUUGG